GUCAUUUCAAAAAUUAAUGGCAUUUGUGCUCAGUGUUAGCAAAUUACUACACUAACACGGUAAACAGUAACAUGUCAGCGUUGACAUUGUAAGCCUGUUAGCAUGUUGACGUUAGCAUUUAGCUGAAAGCAGCGGUGUACAUCCUCACAGAGCUGCUAGUGUGGCUGUACAUCUCUGAAAAGUAACUGAAGCAUUUAAAUACAAGUAGUUAAGUAAAAAGUACAGUAUUACCCUGUAGUUGUAGUGGAACGACAUUAUACAAUAGCAGAAUACUCAAAGUAUCUCAAAAUUAUAGGACACAGUUCUUUAACUUUUAGUUACUUUUAGUCUGCUGUUAAACGACCAUUUCUGAAAAAGAUUGCUUCCCGGUCAAACUUUGAGACUUACUAAUAAGCUUUACCUUCCUCUGUCUCCUGCUGACAGUUAUUUAGUCAAAAGGUUGGCUUUAUAUAGCUCAUCGCUGGCCAGUCAGCAUAAGGGGCCCUGCGUCACUUGCUGGGGAUAAAACAUGGGAUAAAACUGUAAUGAGGAUGGGAUAUGAGAUAAUAGCGAACAGAGAUGACAAGGUGGAGGAGAGCAUAGUUGACUCUAGCUGCCUCAUAUACCAAGUGCAUUGUGCAUAUAGUGCAGAAAAGAGACAUUUGACAUUUGAAAAUUUGCAUUUUAAAUUAUUCUAUGUAACUUGAUUAUAAACAAAGGGCGAUUGAAAACAAACUAUACCCCUUUUCAGAUCAGUAUACUGAAUAUCAGAAUAUCAGGAAAGUUUCCCUCCUUGGGCAGAGAGGCAGAGUGCAACAAACAAAGAUUCAUAAUCCAGACGCAAACACAUAAUAUCACACCAAUACUUUGCAUCUUGCACUAUGUCACAAUGGUGGUAGAAAAAGUGCUCUUUCUUUCACAAACCCCCUGUAGUCUGUGGUUAUGUGAGGUUGGACUAUCCACGUGGUGCUUGUUGCUGUCUUCCUUGGAGUGGUAACAGUUUAUAGGUAGCAGUAUUUGUAGUAUAGUUACAGGGAAGAUGUCCUGAUGAUACGUUUCUCUGCUGUUAAUCUGUGUGGGCUCACAGUCCAGGAUUGUGCCUUGACCUUCAGGUGGUGCUGGUUAAUCCUGUUGCCGCUGUGGAAAUCCCAGCAGACCUGUGCUGGCAGUGCCGCACUCUGGAUCUCUACGCCACCGGCAUGCAGAACCACCUGUAGACACGCAGGAUGUUUAACUGGGUGGUGAAAGUGGUCCCCCAACUCCCUGAAGCUCCCGGGACAGACGAAGCUUUUAAGAUCCCUGAUGCUGACCUCCCCAAAAAUAAAGUGAAGAGUCCUCUACAGAAAAACACAGACGAGGUUUCAGAGGACAGCCAGGCCCAGACUGGAGUUUUAGGCUGGCUGUCCAAUGGGUUUGUCAGCUCCCUGCCUCAACCUUCAGGCUCCCCUCGACUCAGCAGGUCCAACUCUGACGCCAAAUCUGGAGAGGACGGAGAAAGGUCUGGAGUCAUAAACUGGGUCACUCAGGGUCUAACCAAGGUGUUGCCUCAGCCUGAUGAAAAAUACAAAGAGAGAGAGAUUAUCGACACCAGCAAUGACGAACACACUGAGGUCUAUGAGUUAGCAACAAUGCCAGAUUUUGAUCCCCUCCCACACAUCCCAGUGGUGGAGGUAGAGUCAGAGGAUGAGAUGGAGGUAGAGACCCCUCAAUUCCCUCCCAAGGUGGUGAAGUGGAUAAAGCAGAUCAUCCCUCAGCCAGUUAUACUGCCGCCUGGUGCUGUACCCAUUGAACCAUCAAACAAGUCCUCUCGCUCAUCUCUGGACAAAAUUUUGUCUCCACCACCCGAAUCUCUCAGUGGAAUCUCACUGGAUACUGAUAGCAAGGCCACGGGUGUGGUUGGCUGGUUCGUGUCAGGACUGGGCCUGAAGAUGCCUCAGCCUGCCAUUCCACCCAAAGAUGAUUCUGAGAGUCCAGCUGAAGUUCUACAGAAAGUUUCAUCCAAACUCAAACCUGACAUGGUACUAGAAGACGUGGAGUCAGACAACGAGGGCCAGCCGAAACGUGAACAUCAGUCCAAAGCGGCAGCACCGUCCACAUCACUGACUGCACCAUCACUGACAACACACCAACAGCAAGAAGCGACACAGCAGACACAGUCCAAACCACUGCAGUCUCAAAAGUGCGUUGACUCCAACCCAGGACCAGAACGGUCAGAGAGCUUGACAAAGAUAUCUCAGGAAGAUGCUGAGACCCAGACGGGCCGCUGGACUCCAUUCAUUGAAAGCAUCAAGAAGGAGGCCGAAGAUGUGGCUUUGGCUACCAUGGAGGAACGUCUGCUGCAGGAGCGCGUGGAGAUGGCUCGAAUGGCUGAGGAGGUGGCCAGGCAGACAGCUGAGAUGGCCAUCAGACAGAUGACCAGUGAGGGACAGUCCAUCAAACUUUCACUGGGGAGUCAAGACCUGCUGGAGGAGCCUGAAGCUGAAGAGGAACAGAGCCUUGCUGAGGAGAAACAGGAGGAAGAGACUGAGGAAUCUAAGGAACCAGAGCCAAAGGAGGAAGCAGAGCCACAGCAGACUUCCCCCUUUCCACCUCCAAGUCCUGAACCAGUUAAGACCUCUGAGCCUGAGCAAGAACCAGAGCCAGAACCAGAGCCAGAGCCAGAGCCAGAGCCAAAGUCAGAACCAGAGCCAGAGCCAGAGCCAGAGCCAAAGUCAGAACCAGAGCCAGAACCAGAGCCAAAGCCAGAACCAGAGCAAGAACCAGAGACCACGACCCAGGAAGCCAGUUCAGAAGCUGAGCCUGUAACCAAGCAGCCGCAGAAAGCAGAGAAAGACGAUCGAAGCGCCAACGCUGACAAAGCUGGUGAAAAAGAGGAGGAAGCUACUGGGGACGGCUGUGGGGCUCCAGUCAGCUGUGAUGCAUUAAAGAGCUGCCUGAUGCGCAUUCCUCACACCUCUGAGUGCCUCGGCAACAUCAACGCGUUCUUCAAAGAGAACGGCAUCUCCACUCCCAAAAUACCCCCCAUGCCUAAGCUACCCACCCAGCUCUCUGACGUUACCAAGUACUUACCCACCCUGCCCCCUGAAUUGCGCCAAGAGCUCUCCCAAAUCCGACUCACGCAGGUCCCACGAAAUAUCGCCCAGACACUGACUGAGCUAUUGCCCAAAAGCUCAGACGGUUCCGUUGGCCCCAGUCUGUCCAGUCUUUCCCAGAGCUUUUCAACGAUCCCGCAGAAGCUCUCCCAGUUUCCCAGUCGAACGCAGCAGUAUUUCCUCAACGUCCGGAACCGCCUCAACAGCCUUAUGCCUCAAGAUGCCUAAUACACAACAACAACAACAACAACAACAACAACAACAACAACAACAACAACAGCAAAAACAGAAUCACGACAAGAAUCAGCAAGACAUUGAACUCUACCGGCUCGUCCGACACUCCCCUCUCCCUCCUCCUCACCACCCUCACCUCCGGUCCCGCUCCCCAUCUCCAUCUUCCCCCAACGGUAGCACCCUCGACUUGCCUAAUGUGCCAUCCUACCCACGCCUGCCGCCAAUUGUCGGCCCCCCAUCAAAGCAGCUCAACUCACCAUCCCACAAGCUGUCAGGUCUCUCUAACCCAGCGUUCUUCAUUGAAGAUGACAUUUCAGCAAUAAAACCCACAGAGAGCUCUAGCCUCAGCCUUCGUCCAGCCGUCAAUGUAGAGGAUGUUGAUCAUGAGAGAGGAGGAAGGGUGGAGGAGAGCAAUAACCCCAAAAUCCUCACCCCCCAGGACCCCAAACUUACGACCCUCACUGUCCCUGUGACCCCCUUCUGGAGGUCGUCAAAGUAAAGGAGACAAAGAGUAAGGAAACUGCAUGGAUCGUUGGAGUUGUACUAGCGCUUUUAAUUGUCUUUCAGCAGUGAUUAGUCUUUUCCUCCAGUGAAACAAUACAUAUGCAUAGCUGUUAUAUGCACUUAUGGCUAAUGAUUUCACAAGAGAGGAAAGCAAAGUAAGAUCAGUAGGAUGUGUUAUUUGGGUUACGUCAAGGUGUAAGCUUCUCUGUUGUGGAGUGUUUUCAUCCAAAUGAGAUCAAAUGAUAUAUUGGUAGCUGGCAAAACACAAACUUCUGAAGACUCUAGAUUACAAAACAUCUAAAAAGACAAAUAAUUUCAGUGAUAGAAUUGUGUUCAUGGUUUUAAUUGUUAAAUUAUUAUCAUUUUGGAGUGAAACUCUUCAUGUUUUCCCUGUUUUGUGCAGUUUGAAAUGCAUCUACUGCCCUCUACUGUCUGCUGUAUGUCAGUAGUUAGAAGCAUCGUAUUGGUCUUUACAUACGUCAGUGUCCUGCAGAAACCAAAAUCUGAAAUGUCUAUCGAUUUGGUCCCAAGGUUAUGAAAUCUUUUCUGCACAUAAAAGACAACAAGAACUGCUAAAAUGACACAAGCAAGUUGAAAUGUUUUCGAAAGUCAAGACAGUGUUAUUUCUAUAGCCCAUUAUCACAAAUCAGCCUCAUGGAGAAUUUACAACCUGCACAGCACACCCUCUGUCCUUAGACCCUCGAUUUUAAGGGGGAAAAAAUGGGACAAAACUCAGGAACAUCAACAGAGGAGGGAUCCCUCUCCCAGGACAAACAGACGAGCAAUAGAUGCUGUGUGCAGUGUAGACCAAUGUAAAAUCAUAGUAUGGAGUGUUUUGUGUUUUGUGUCGUUCUGUGUUGUAAUGUUGUGUUGUGAAGGUAGUUUUGCAUGGCUUUCACAGAUUGUGCUUUUGGCUACUGUGCGGAUAUUGUCAUAACAUAUCAAAAGUCAAUAAACAUAUGCGUCACA